AUGUCGCACAUUCGCUCCUUCUUCGCUGAGUUCGCUCUUUCCACCUCCACUCUUGGAAGCGGCAGAUACCGACGAACCGCCACAGGUCCAACAGCCCUAAAUACCGCAGACCAAAUGUCACUCUCGGCGCUGGCUGCCGGCGCUACAUUCGACGGCGACCUCGGUGUCGAGUCCUGGUGGCGCUUGCGCAACUUCCCCAAGUCCAACGGUGCACGGGCCGCCUUUAUCUCCAAGCCACCAGUACUGUUGCGGCAUGUGCGCGCAAGACAUGCCACCAACCCCACGCCCGAGGCUUCCAACGUCCCCAACCAUCCUUUCAAUAACCCACAUCGCAAUCUUCAGAUGCUCCUUGCUGCAUUGCUUGACAUUUCGAGCUUCUGUAUCGUGACUACGACCGGCACGACUUCGGACUCGACCUUUCACAACACCCGUUGA